AUGGCUCACUCCUCUGACUACCACAACCAUAGGGAAAUGACCAACGGGCGAGGACAUCCUCUCCCCCACCCUAAUAAUGGGGGAGGCUACCCUCACCCCCACAAUGGAGGCCAGGCUGGGGGAUCCCACUCGACAAACCGCUACAUGCAGAAGAAGCAUCACCGCCACAGGGGAGGCAGGUCCUCACCCAUGGGCAGAGUCAUCCUCAUCAACUCUCCUGUCGAUGGUGGGGAUGACUGUGAAGACCUCCACACAGUGACAGUAGAUAAGAGUGCAGACGGCCGUCUGGGAUUCAGUGUUAGAGGUGGUUCAGAACACGGACUCAGCAUCUUCGUCAGCAAGAUAGAGGAUGACAGCUCUGCAGAGCAGGCAGGUCUCUGUGUAGGGGACAAGCUGGUGGAGGUGAAUGGUAUCAGCCUGGAAAGCAUCACUAUGAGCAGUGCUGUGAAGGUCCUGACGGGGAACAACAGGCUGAGGAUGGUCGUGAGACGUGUGGGGAAAGUCCCUGGUAUACGCUACUCCAAGGAGAAGACUACAUGGGUGGAUCUGAUCCAGAGGCGUAUGGUAGUAGAGGAGAGUGGUCGUACUCCUUCAGAUGCCAGUUCAGACAGUGUUCUCCGUAGGAUGGUUCACCUCUACACAACCUCAGAUGACUACUGCCUGGGAUUCAACAUCAGAGGGGGCAAAGAGUUCGGACUGGGCAUCUACGUCUCUAAGUUGGACCCUGGGGGUCUGGCGGAGCAGCACGGCAUCAAGAUGGGCGACCAGAUCCUGGCGGCCAAUGGGGUGAGCUUUGAUGGCAUCACCCAUAGCAAUGCCGUGGAAGUUCUGAAGAGCCACACCCACAUCAUGCUGACCAUCAGGGAGGCAGGAAGAUACCCUGCAUACAAAGAGAUGGUGGCUGAAUACAGCUGGCUCAGCAAAAUGGCCAAUGGAGGGCCUCCGUCCUCCUCCCAGGGCUCUGACUCUUACUCCUCGGCCUCCUCCCUGUCUUCCACCCCCCUCAGCUCCCUUAGUGGUCUCUCCCAGGUCCUCUUCCCCCCCGCCUUUGGCUCUGACAUGGUGGACGUCUGCAUCUCCACUGAGGACCGCUCUCGCCGCACCAGCAACUCCGAACGCACCGCAGAGACCGCCAUGCAGACUGACCUACACCCCCCCUUGGACUCUAACGCAUCCCCCUUGCCUCAUGGAAGGCUGGUUGCCAUGGAAACCAGCCGGACGCUAGGCGCCACUGUGUUUUUGAAGGACACACCAAUUCGGGGGAAAGGAGAGGGUCCUGUGGAAAGGGGAGGGGCUGGAGAUGGGGGAAGGGGCAAAAGGGGGAUGUUGUCACCAGGGGAACAGGACGUGGCGCAGGACUCCCCGAAAACGGCGGUGCUUAUGGCCCUGAGCAGACCGAGAAAGCCCAUCAGACGAUCCCAGAGCCAUAUCACAGUUACAGAGGACAAGCAGAAGAAGAAGAAGCAGGGAAAGGAGAAGAGUGCAGGAGAGAGAGAGGGCAGCAAGACCCUGCAGCGCUCCAAGACCUUCGUCAGCCUCCUUUUUAAGAGAGAUGCACGGAGAGACAUGUCCAGGAACAGGAGAGAGAGAGACACAUCAAGGGACAGUAGAGAGACAGGGACAGGGGACUCCCACAGGGGUCAAUUUAAAUCACCCUCCCACCAUGCUGACAAGGAUAAAGAGAGGGGUCGUCCGUUCCAGCUGCUGACGUCUCCAAGGGAGAGCCGUGCUGGGUUGAAAGACAGCAGCCCCCUGCUUCACACUGAGACCCUGGGAGAUGUGGAGAACAUGGCCAGGAAACUGCUCAGUCAGGACGAGGUCACUGCAGUCAUGAGACACUGUAAGCGGUUUAUGUUGGAGUGUGUGGUGGAGGAUCUAGUACACCCUCUACUGGCCAUACUGGACCGACCUGAGAAACUACUACUGAUACGAGAGAUCAGGAUGCUGAUCCCUCCUACAGAGCUGGGCCGUUUUGACAGUAUUGUCAUGCCCUUUGAACUGGAGGCCUACGACAUACUGAAGAGCCGCUCAUUGAGAUCUCCUGUCCUGCGCUCUCCUCGCAGUGGAACCCCUCGACGACACCUCAUCACCCCCAUACCAGACUACCAUGGUGGUUUCCAGCUUCAGUCAGCCAAGGACUUGGGGAGAGACCGUCAGCUGAUGGAAGACCUAGAGAGACUACGUGUGUCUGGCCUCCAGGAUGGUCUCCUGCCCCCUUCCCGUGCUUUCACCCCCCUCUUGGAUGUCCCCAUGGACAGCUACACCCACCACACCCCACGCUCACGCUCUCCGAGCCCCUCACCCCCCAACUGGCUCCUCACAGAAUCCCCACACACUACCAGACGCCAAACCCAAACCAACCACUCUCCAAAUAGGCGAGACAAUGGUUUGUCCUGGCCCCGGCACUAUGAUGAGACCUCAUUGCUGUCGGAAGAUACCACUCCGGAGCGGGGGCGGUCGCCGGUGAGGAACAAACAUAAUGGAAGGGUCAGGAGGGACCAAUGGGAGGGCGGCGGGGGGAUGGCCGAGGGGUACAUGGAGGUGAGAGUACACUUACCACCCAGGAACAUUCAACCCACCCAGGCUCAGGUGCUUGAGCCUCCCCCACAGGACCGAAGCCCCUCGACAGGGAGGGAGAGGGUGGGACAAGGCCAGAGAGGGAAGGUGAAGCAAGUGAACAGACUUUCGCCAGGACGGUCGCAGAAUGGUCACCAUGGAAACGCAACACCUGUAGCCAUCCAGGAGUAUGAGAUCACCACGGUGACCAUCUCCAAAACAAAACAGUCUCUGGGUAUCAGUAUCUCAGGUGGGAUGGAGUCCAAGGUGCAGCCUGUGAUCAAGAUAGAGAAGAUCUUUCCAGGAGGAGCUGCCUCUACCAGUGGUGUUCUGAAGGCUGGGUAUGAGCUGGUGUCGGUGGACGGUGAGUCUCUGCAGCGUGUGACCCAUCUUCAUGCGGUGGACGUAAUUCGCCGGGCGUUCAGCAACAAGGCCAAAGACUCCAUGGUGUUCAUCGUCAAGGUCCCCAAGGGGCCCUAAGAACCCAAAGAGCCCUGCUGACUAGCCCACUGUCAGGCUUACACAAAUACUACAACCUCAGUACUACAGGCCUGUCAAAAAGGAUGCUCCGAGGUGCAGUUCACCAACCCACUUUGUCUGGAAAUGGAAAUGAAUGAAAUGCUGGUGUUCAAACCAGAACGUUGUCAGAUACAAGUAUGUGGAUUUACAGAAGAUGAGGAUUCGUCUGAUGCAGAUGGUUCGGAAUGGAAGGGAAUGGUCUAUUCACAGAGGAGAGGAAGGUACCUCUUACACUGACCAAUA